AUGGGCACUGCGCAUCCCAACCAGGCCGGUGUCGCCUUUGAAAACUCCCUGCAGCGCAGAGAAUCACUCUCGACGGGCCUUCCGCGCCUCUCGCUGGCUACGACAAAGGCCCUCGCCGUCUCCCAGGGCGGUUUGGCCUCGGACAUCUUCGCCAGCACGUCGCAGGCCUCGAAUCUGGCGGCCUCGAUACCCUACUCCAUCACGCCCAUCGGCAAACCGUCCAGCUUCGACUCGAGAACGCCCGUCUCUGCCCGUCUCGGCCAGCAGGCAAACGGCUCUACGACGUCCAGCAUGGGCAACGGACAGCAGAAUAACAGUCAACAGCAGCAGAAUCAGCAGCAGACUCAGCAGCAGCAGCAGCAGCAGCAGCAGCAGCAUGGCGGUGCUACUGCGGUUCGCAUGCGGAUGCUGCCGCGGAACACCAGCUACGAGGCACUACGGAGCAUGCUGCUGUUCGCAAAGAACCUGCUGGAUGCUGAAUUCGUGCCAAACGAAUACUCAGAGGACGCCUCCUUUCUGACGGCCAUCGCCCUGUUCGAGACGCGGACCGCAGCCGAGGAGGCGCAGGCGAUGCUGAACGGGAAGCCCAACUCGACCAACGACGCCAACAUGAUAGUCGAGAUCGUGUCCGGGCCCUCGACGUCUGCCAUGAUAUCUCGCCGCAACACCAUCGACCACCUGCCGCGCUCGCUCUCGAUGCUCUCGCCGACCUCGCCGCAUCCCUUCAUGCCGCCGUCUCGCAUGCUGGGCCGGCUGGACGACAUGCACUCGCUCGACAAUGCGCUGGACGGCUCGUCUAUCGGCAAGCAGUCCUCGGCCUCAACUACGAACGGCGAGCUGCCUGCGCCAGAUACAGGGUCUCGGAUACACUCCCUUUUCUCCUCUCAGUCUCCCGCAGGCAACGGGAUGAACGACCGGCCCCGUGUCUCUGGCAAGUCCGUCAUCGAUCAGGACGUCGAUGAAGACACGGGUGAGCUGCUCAAGGAUCCCAUCGCUUACGCCAGAAACGGACCCAUGGCCCUCCAGCGCCGCUCGACAAACCCGCAGCUGCCCAUCUCGCAGUUCUCCAAUCUCUCGCUAACGACCAACCUGUCAUCUCCGCCGCUGGCCCCCUUCAGCGCCGGAGCCGGCACUCCAGCCACAGGCAGGAACAUGGCCACACCCACCAGCGCAGUAUCUACUUUCAGCGGAAGCGGUUCGACAACCCCUUACCACCAGCUCCAGUUCCACCGGCUCAACUACCCGCCAGUCAACCCAGCGGACCAGAAUCCCCCCUGCAACACUCUAUACGUCGGCAAUCUCCCGCCAGACACCUCCGAAGACGAGCUCAAGGCCCUCUUCUCCCGCCAGCGCGGCUACAAGCGCAUGAUCUUCCGCCAGAAGCCCAACGGGCCCAUCUGCUUCGUCGAGUUCGAAGACGUCUCCUUUGCUACCAAAUGCCUGACCGAACUCUACGGCUACGAGCUCUCCAACAGCGUCAAGGGCGGCAUCCGACUCAGCUUCUCCAAGAACCCCCUCGGCGUCCGCAACGGCCAGCCAGGCAGCAUCCACCCUGCCAACUCCAUGAGCUCGCCAGGCCCUGUCUCCGGCAUGAACAACAGCACAUCAGCAGGCAUGGGACCGGUCCGGUUCUCAACUGCCAACGGCCCACCACCUGGUCUCAGCGCCCCGCCAGGCCUACCCAUGCCCAUGCCAAUGUCUAUUCCGACAAAUAACUCAGCCAUGGGACCGCCACAGCAGGUCCAGGUUCUCAAUUCCUCGCAAUUUAACGGCCUCGGGCUUGGCCUGAAUCAUAACGCGAACGCCAUGGCAGCAAUGCGGCCUGGUGCUGGUCCGGGUCCCGGCUCCGGCCCCUCCAUGAAUAUGGGCGUGGGCAUCGGCGUUGGCAUCGGUUCGCCGACUGCCGGUAACAUGGGAGCCAUCAACAACGGCGGUUCAUACCCCGACUAUAUGAUGGGGAGAUAA